AUGCGAGCGGAGGAGCACCCCGAGAUUAGCCGGCAGCGCAACCUCAUUCUCAACGACAUGGCGGUCAUGCACAUCCAGGCCGGCGAGUUCGAAGCAGGUCUCACAGCCAUGAACCAGGCGAUCGCGUCCGAGACGAUAACGUCGUCUCGCUUUGAAGGCACGACGAUCGACUACCGGUAUCACGUCAACCGCGGCGACUGCUACCGCGCACUCGGGAAGCUCCAAGCGGCGCUCGCCGACUACAACACGGCGCGGGAGCUCCAGCCGACGGACACGGAGAUCCACACACGCAUUGCAAUGAUCCGCUACCAAUUUGGGCUCGAGCUCUUCAACCGCGCCGCGUUUGAUAAGGCCGAGGUCGAGUUUUCGUCGGCGAUCCGAUACAACCACAGGGUGCCCGCGUUCUUCAUUCGGCGCGGCGACUGCUUCCGGUACAUGGACCAGAGCCAGCUGGCGUAUCAAGACUACGUCGCGGCCCAGCGCUUGGCGCCAGACGACGCCGAAGCCAAGGUCAAAGUGUCUCAAUAUGCCCAAUUUCAUGCGAGCGACCACGUCGUCGCGCCACGUCACCACGCACGGGCAACGACGACCCAGAAACCGACACGCGUCGAGCAAGCGUGGCGCGGCGCCGUCCAGAAGGACAAGGCGUACAAGGCGCUGCGCAACCAAAAACCGGACCUUGCAUCGCCGUCGAAAGACCGGAUCCAGCCGCUGCCGUCCAAGACGUUUGAAGAGUUCAGUCGCGAGCUGCGUGCAGUACAACAUUAAAAAUCCUUGUACAAGAGUUCGUACCUACAAUGACAGAUUGACCAUGAUACAUAUACCGUACGCCAGA